GCUGGGAGGGCAGAGAAGGCGGAAGUAGAGGCGUCUGCGACUGAGGUUCGGACUCCGGGCGGCCCGGAGACGCGGGAGCAGCGGCCUUCGGGCCGGGAGAUUGGCGUCCGGGCCGCCUCGGCUCGGAGCGCGGUCCCCGUCCUUUCCUGGUGCCUUGGCUGAGCGGAGUCGUGCGGCCGGGUGGAGUCGGCGCCCCAGCAGACGAGAGCGAGCAAUUGAUAAUCUCGUUACUAUGAGUCUGCUAAACUGUGAAAACAGCUGUGCAUCCAGCCAGUCUGAAAGUGACUGCUGCGCUGCCAUGGCCAGCUCCUGCAGUGCUGCAACAAAAGAUGACAGUGUGAGUGGAACUGCCAGCACAGGGAAUCUCUCUAGCUCUUUAAUGGAAGAGAUCCAGGGAUAUGAUGUGGAAUUUGACCCACCCCUGGAAAGCAAGUAUGAAUGCCCCAUCUGCUUGAUGGCACUACGAGAAGCAGUGCAAACACCUUGCGGCCACAGGUUCUGCAAAGCCUGCAUCAUCAAAUCAAUCAGGGAUGCAGGUCACAAAUGUCCAGUUGACAAUGAAAUACUGCUGGAAACGCAACUGUUUCCUGACAAUUUUGCAAAACGAGAGAUUCUUUCUCUGACAGUGAAGUGUCCAAAUAAAGGUUGUUUGCACAAGAUGGAACUGAGGCAUCUUGAGGAUCAUCAAGCACAUUGUGAGUUUGCUCUUACGAAUUGUCCCCAAUGCCAACGUCCCUACCAAAAAUGCCAUCUUAAUAUUCACAUUCUCAAGGAGUGUCCAAGGAGACAGGUUUCUUGUCUAAACUGUGCUGUAUCAAUGGCAUUUGAAGAUAAAGAGAUCCAUGACCAGAACUGUCCUUUGGCAAAUGUCAUCUGUGAAUACUGCAAUACUAUGCUCAUCAGAGAACAGAUGCCUAAUCAUUAUGAUCUAGACUGUCCUACAGCCCCAAUUCCAUGCACAUUCAGUACUUUUGGUUGCCAUGAAAAGAUGCAGAGGAUUCACUUGGCACGCCACCUGCAAGAGAAUACCCAGUCACACAUGAGAAUGUUGGCCCAGGCUGUUCAGAGUUUAAACCUUGCUUUAGCUCCUGUGCCUCAACGUGAUAUGCUGCCAUAUGAUUCUGCCUCUCUGCCCCGGGUCUCUGGGUGUCACCCAGAGGUCCCGAAUUUCCAAGAAACCAUCCAACAAUUAGAAGGUCGCCUUGUAAUACAAGACCAUCAAAUCCGGGAGCUGACUGCGAAAAUGGAAACUCAGAGCAUGUAUGUAAGUGAGCUCAAACGAACUAUUCGAACCCUUGAGGACAAAGUUGCUGAAAUAGAAGCACAGCAGUGCAAUGGGAUUUACAUCUGGAAGAUUGGUAACUUUGGUAUGCACUUGAAAUCUCAAGAAGAGGAAAAACCUGUUGUCAUUCAUAGUCCUGGAUUCUACACAGGCAAACCUGGAUACAAACUGUGCAUGCGGCUGCACCUUCAGUUACCAACUGCUCAGCGCUGUGCCAACUAUAUAUCCCUCUUUGUCCACACAAUGCAAGGAGAGUAUGACAGCCAUCUCCCUUGGCCUUUCCAGGGCACAAUACGCCUUACAAUUCUUGAUCAGUCUGAAGCACCUAUAAGGCAAAACCAUGAAGAGAUAAUGGAUGCAAAACCAGAGUUGCUGGCCUUCCAGAGACCCACAAUCCCACGGAACCCAAAAGGUUUUGGCUACGUGACUUUUAUGCAUUUGGAAGCUCUAAGACAAAGAACCUUCAUUAAGGAUGAUACCUUAUUAGUACGCUGUGAAGUCUCUACCCGCUUCGACAUGGGUAGUCUUCGAAGGGAAGGUUUUCAGCCACGGAGUACUGAUGCAGGGGUAUAGCAUCGCCUCAUUUGUUUUAAGGGGGAAAAAAAAAAAAAACCCCACCCGGAAAUGGAAAAAACUGCCUAUCCUUGCCCUAUUGUCAGUAAUCACAUGCAAACAAAAAAAGGCAAUGGGAGAGAGGUAACCACCAGUGAAGAGAGGCUACUUGCCACUUUUUUCUUUUACAAAUAUCUGCCUGAAGCAGUUUUUCUUUGGGAAUCUACACAUCCUACGCUUUUUCAAAAAUUGUUACAAUCAAAGUGUUGGUGGCAUAUUGCAGCAGCUCUUUGUCACAGUAUACCUCUUUGUUGUACUUUCAUGGGCUUUUGCUCCAGAGUGUUCUGUUGUCAAAAGCCCUGGGUUAGAGUAGUAAAGCUCAACCCUUUUAAUAAUAAUGGACAUUCCUUAAAAACGUCAGCUUAUUUUUAUAGUAUUGUAUGUAAUAUAUUAAACUUGAGAAUCACUACUGCCUUGUGUUGGUGCCACCAAGAAGAGGUACUACUUUAGAGUUGAGUUCUCAUUUUAUUUGACCUCUGAUAGAUUUCAGAGGAUCUGACCCUUAAUCUUUGGAAAACUUAAAGUUCUCAUUGACCCCACCAUGUCUCCGCCUAUCCCCACCCCACCCCAGGCCUGGGACUAAGGCUAUUCAGGGACUAGUUAAACAAAUAUAACCGAAUACAUAACCUUGUGAACUUGUCUCUUGAAUAAUUCUUGUUUAAGUGUUUCAUUCUACCUUGCUUACAUAUAUCUUUGCCUACAAAGUAGCAUCUCCAGAAUGUAGAAUGCUGAGAACCAUGUGGAUACCAGGUGCUCAGUGUUAUGUCAUAAUUCCCUUUUUGUCUGUUCAAUGCAGAGUGAAUUCCACAGCCCUGCUUAUGUUCUCUGAUGCUUCAUGCUUGUAGGACAAGGAAAUGCACCCAUGAAUUAACCAACAUAAAAAUGUAAAAUGACUCACCUAGUCAGCUAAUAUGGCAUCUUCAUUGGUGGUGGCAAAAGCUAUUUGUCAGAAAUGUUAAGCUCUUUUGAAUACCCUCUGGUUUAUGUCAGUUAAGUGGAACAAAAUUGAUUUCCUCUUAAUACUUGGGAGAUCAUUAGUGAUGAGAAGUCACCAAACUGACGUUGGAAUUCAUCAGAACUUGAGUAGGUUGCUUUAGUCCAGUAAUUCAUACCUGACGAGGGUCAUGUGGAAUGUAUUGAAGUGGCCGAAUGUUCCUAACAGGUAGAGAUGGUUGUUAUGCCAAAGGUCUAUAGAUAUUAAAUUUUAUGGUGAAAUCUAAGGAUGUUCCCCAACUUGUAUGGCUAUUAAUAAAGAAUCUAAGAGGGCCCAUACACUAUCCUGUUUACACGAGAUUGUUUAGAGCUGUCUGGUCACGAGGGAUCGUAGAGUAUCUCCAGAAAAGCCAAAUCAAAGCCCGCUGCCCAGUGUGAAAGAUCAUCCUUAAUUUCAAGAGGAGGCCAAGAAACUGUGGAGAAGAAUGGUUUCAGUUCCAGGCAGAGGCAGCCUGGAAAGGUCACUUUGACCUUUCCCUUUCCUUUUCUCUCUACCUUCCCUCCCCACCCCGUGUUUAGGCACCUGCUCUGCUGGGUUUAGGUUAUAAAGUGAAAGUAAAGGUCAUGCAGAGAUCCUCUUCCCCAGUGCCACUGUUGAUAUCACCUGAUCGUCAGCUAGUUGGCAGUUUGCUUCCUAGGAGCUUGUGUCUCAGCUGUAAUGCUUCCCAACGAACCUCUGAGAAUCAUCGGAGCACCACGUUCUAGGUAGGGACACCUGCACCACUGCUUUUCCUUUGGUUGUUUUUCAAUGAAUACAUGAUGGUCGAGUUCCAUUUAAAAAGUAAAUGGUAGUUAUUUUUGUUGUGUAGGAAAAGCCUGAAGGAAAUAUACUAUUUUUGAUGACUCA